AUGAUCGAUGAUUUACCUGAGAGCUUACUGUUGCAAGAGAUCUUGUCGAGGAUACGUAAUCCAAGAGAUGUCAUCGUUUGCAAAAGCGUGAGCAAGAGGUGGAGCUCCCUGUUAUCUUCUUCGUAUCUCCAUAAUAGCCCUAGCUUGGCUUUGAUCCUCAACACAGAGCCUGCGUGUGCCACAAACGACAUGUGCUUGGAGGGUUGGAAAGGAUUCGACUUGAGCAACUAUGUUGAUCCCGAGUUUGAUUUUCCCAUCGGUGUUCUAGCCUCCUGCAAAGAUGUCUUGUUGUGCAUAAAAUCUUCAGAUCCAGCUUCAUAUUCAGCACCAGGACCAUCCAAUCCAAAAAAGUUUUACAUUGUGAAUCCCUUGACGAUGCAAUGGACCCGUCUUCCUCAAAUCUACCACGUGACUGCUAAACUGCCAAUUGGGCUACUAAGGCAAAGGUCCAAAGGCAUGUACUAUGUCGUCAAGAUGAUGUUCAAUACAGCUACUAAGAUUGUAUUUGAGGUGUUUGAUUCUGAGCUCGGUGACUGGUCCGGUGCUUCUGCCCGGUAUCGGCCCUGGUCACAAACAGGAUGGUGUCCAACGCAAUUCCAAGCCUUGGCCUUUAAGGGAGCCUUGCAUUGGUUAGCAGAGGACGGGCCUGUCGUGGCCUACAACCCUAACUAUAGGCGUACAUGCCUGAUAAAACAUCGUUCCCAAGAGAUGCGCCAUGCUUCUUAUGGUGACGGCGCGGUUGUUUCCGAGACCUUAACCAUCUCCAGGGGACAUCUACGCGUCAUUCAGCUUGUUUUGUAUCCCUUCCCAUCUGGUCAUCACCAUCUCACCCUCUGGACCCUCGCAGACUACAAGAGAUCCAUAUGGAAACAAGAGCAUCAUCGUACAUACUUCAGAGACAUGGUUUCUCAUCUUCCUUGGCUGCAAGACUACAUGCGCGGAUAUGUACGCUCCACAUCUACCCAACACAACAUGUCUCAUCACCUUAUGUUAUAUUUAAUGCGCUCAGAUGUAGGCUAUCACGAUUAUUGUCCACAGACGAGAGAGCGCAUUAUUGGUCUCGAAUCUUUGGCUUGCCAUCGGACCAAUCCUCUUCUCAUAUACUUGUGUUUACCCGAAAGCAUCGUUGCUCUUGAUCUGCCUACGAAAAGGCUGCUGUUAGUUUCAAAGGUCAGCAAAAGUCACAUGGGCUCCUAUUACUGGAACCGAUACGACAAGGCGGUGCAGAUGACGCUUCACCUAGAUCCCACCCCCAUCCAACAACAUGCCAACACAUUACUACCAAUACCAAGACCUAUUUCAUAUGAAUAG